GAGUCCGGGAGAGGACUCUGAAGUCCUGCCUCCAGCCCCCUGCCCUGCCUGCAUCAGUCGCUAACAUCACCAGAGCUUUCUUCUGCAAGCGCUGCGGCUGCGUCGCGCUUUGCCCUGCUCCGCUCUGCUGCUCUGCGAGCAGGGACCGCUGCUACCCGCCUGCUAACGUGAACCGGGGAAAUAGCCGUAGGGAAGCAAUGCGCUGCUUGAACACAGCCGCCAGCACGCCCGCCGACAGGUUGGCAUAUCUUCUCCAUCGUCUUCACCUUGGAGGUGUCAGUGGGGAAGACCAACACGGUGAUGGCUCUGAAUGGCUCCAACAUCCUGCUGCCCUGCGUCUUCACCACCUGCAUAGGCUUCCAGGACCUGGUCUUCACAUGGUAUUUCAACUCGACAGAGAUGAUUUACCACGGCAGGAUAAAGAGCAAGGCCUCGGAGCCCCUCCUCGUGGGGCGCAACCCCCGCGUCGAGUUCGUCGGCUCCACCACCGGGAAGGACAACAACAUCUCCAUCGUGCUGAACGAAGUGGACUUCAGCGACGCCGGGAAAUACACGUGCCACGUCAAGAACCCCAAGGAGAAGAACGCGCAGCACAACGCCUCCAUCUUCCUCACCGUCGUGCACAAGAUGGUGGAGACGGACAACACCGUGACGCUCAUCAUCGUGGGCGUCCUGGGGGGGGUCAUCGGCCUCCUCGUCCUCUUCAUGCUGGUGAAGAGAGUCGUGCUGUUCAUCGUCAAGAAGGUGCAGGACAGGAAGAAGGAGUGCCUCGUCAGCUCCUCGGGCAACGACAACACCGAGAACGGCCUGGCGGGCUCCAAAGCGGAUCAGAAGGCGGCACCGAAGGCGUGAAGCCGCGGCGGCCCCGGGGCCGGGGCGGCGAGCCGUCCCCUCCCGCGUCCUUUUUAACGCUGCCCGCGCUUGAGACGUGCUCCCGUGCCUGCAACCCGCACUGCUUCUCGGAAACGGCUUCAGCUGCUGCGCGGACGGGGAGCGUCCCGCCGAGCCGGCCCGCGAGCCCGGCGCCGGGACGGGAAGGAGGAGGGGGCGCAGCGGCGCGUGCCGCGGCCCCGGGC